UAUACGUAUGAUAAGGCACUGUCUACAGUAUAAGUUCUUGCUAAGCACCACGUCUUCUUUUCGCUAUAAAGAUAUUCCCACAAAUGCGCGGUGUAAUGGUUUUAAUUUAAUUUUGCGUUAUUGAUUCCACUCAACCUUUGUUUAAACCGGUUCUUAUAAACUCGUGUCGUAUAGAUAAUCUGAACUUGUAUGCUUUAUACAACGUAAACUGAAAUAGUUUCUAUAUUACGUAUCCAGUAUACAUAAUCUAUAGUAUAUGGUAUUUAAAUGGUGACAAGAGAUAUCGAUAUAUUCGUAUCAGCCAUAUCAGUUGUAGUAAAAUUUCAAGACCGCUUUAAAUAUUAAAUUACCUGUGAUAAAAGCGCCUACAAUGAUGUCAUCGGAGAACUCAAAGACUGAUGAGAUUCGCAAGAUCAUCUUGUCGCUGUUGCUCUCUCGAAAGGGCCUCACGCCACUUGCCAUUCUCGAUCGCGACUAUUAUGAUAUGGAACGUAAACGUAUACCGUGGCGCAAGUUUGGCUACAACGAUCUGGCAGCGUUUUUGAGGAGCAUGCCAGAACACUUCGAAGUCGAGUGGCACAACGGCUGCCAUUACGUGCGCGGAAUCGCGUCCGAGAAGAGCAAGCACGUGAGCUCGCUCGUGGCACGGCAGAAGUCCGACUUGAAGACGAGAAAUUUCCGCUCUCGGCUAUAUCGACCAGUGAGCCGCUACGUGCCGCACAUGCAGCGUCAACGGAUCAUGCUCCCAGUGGAGCAGCUACAUCUCCUCGUGCAGUACAUCAGAAACUAUCCGGAUGGAGUGAGUAUGCAGACUAUCAUGAUGGUGUUGCAGCAGCAGCAGCCACAAGUCGUCCUGUCCGUGCACGACGUGCGCCAACAGCUACGCGAGCUGUCGCAUCAGUUGACCAUGGACGGUGAGAUGGUCUAUCCCGUGCUACCGAACAACGUCCCUCAAGAAGCAAAGAAGCCUCCCAUGCCAGCGCCGCAAACGCGACCAGAGUAUCAAGACUACCAAGCAGGAGCCAUAUGUGUUGCCGGCGACGAGGACUGGGUGGAAGAGUACAACAGCGAUGUCUAUUUACUGGCCGGUUACGAGAGCAGCAAUCAUGCCGCUCAACUUCAAAUGACGAGCGAGAGACUCGCUGCGAACUUCAUGCAGAACAUGAGUCACAAACAAAUGUGCGAGCAGCAGAACGAUUACGACAAUAAUAGAAAUGCUGACGACUACUUUACCGCUAAUAUAAAACAUAGUAACGUCGUCCUGCCCAAGGACGAAGCGCCUAGCGACAGGUAUAGCGAUAUCUCGACGCUAAUAAGUGAUCGCGCGAAAUCACGACUGGAGCAAUUGAUAGCGAAGCAUCCAGAGGGUAUUCCGUGCGCGAAAUUACCCGACAUGUACCUCAGCGAGUACAAGGUGCGCCUGAAUUACACCGAGCUGGGCUUCAGCAGCGUGCGCGAAUACGUGUCUUACUUGCCGAACAUUUUUUAUAUGACGCGCGUAAAUGCAACCGACGAUUUCGUACUGUACAGCGCGAACAAGAAGCCGACAAUUCCUGAUCAACAGACUGGAAGCCAGACAGCAGAGUCCGUCGGAACGAGAACGAAUUUCGCUAAACGGUAUGAAGAACAGGUGCGAAUAAAAUGUAGCGACGAGGCCAUACCAACGGACGUAUCUCCUAGCAUAACCAGUAAAUUCGCGCCCGAUGAUGUGAUGAACCACAAUGAUAGAAUAGAUUUCAUAUCGGUAACUGAUUUACAAUGCAACGAGCAUCUCGAAGUAUACAUCGCAGAAGUAUUUACCCCUUCUUUCUUCUGGAUACACCUCCGGGAAAGCAAUAAGCCUCUGCGUUUAAUUAUGGACAAUCUGCAACUUUUUUAUGAAAGCAACAGCGAAGCGUAUGCCAUUCCAAAGGUUGCGUUAAGCAAGGGUCUGAAUUGUGCAUGUAUAUUUGCACGUAGAUGGCAUAGAGCCGUUAUUAAGAGCGUAAAGCCAGAUUUCAGAGUGACGGUAAUGUUUUACGAUUACGGCACCCUGAAGACGUAUCAAUCCGAGGAAGUAUAUUAUUUACAUAAACAAUUCUCUCAUUUACCCGCGCAAGCUAUACCUUGCGGUUUGUAUAACGUUAAACCGUGCGUUGGCGAUCGCUGGAAAAAGAGCGUGACUGAGCAAUUCAUGGAUAAAGUCUCGGAUUAUCUUUUGGACGCGACCGUAAUGUCGAUUGAUCCUAUGCACAAUUCUAUGAUGGUCAUUCUGACUGACACAAGCGAAGAAGAACACGUGAACAUAAACGAUUGGUUAGUCAAUCAGAAUCUAGCGCGACAAGGCAAACUGGGCAACGCCGUCGACAUGACGAACUUAAUGAAGUAUGUGCUAAAUUUUACGGGUCAACUACCAUUGUAUUGCUAUGCGGAGGAGAAUCUAGUCGCCGACUACUGCUCCAAGACAACGUCCACUAAACAAAUGCACGAGGUACCUUUGGUUUCGCCAGGACAGACCCUUUUGCAAUGUUGCAAUCCGGAGCAGCAGCCAACAGUGAAACCACCGCCAGGUUUCCUGCCACUCGACUUGCCCAACAUUUAUUCCCUGGGAAAUACAUCGUCCUUUGGCAAAGCGGAAACAACGACGAACCCGUUUCUUGACGAUCCGUUGCCUGACACUAUUCCCACCGAUGGUGUAAAGCAGAUAUUCGCGCAGACCUGGAAAGAGAACACGCAGUUACAGGUCAAGCUCUCCAGGUUUUUUUACAAUCUGUUGGAAUGCUUGUCGAUCAAAAGGGACACGUUCGACAGUUACAUAAAGCAGCAACGUCAAGUAAACAGUAUCCUGAAAAACAUGGAGAAGGAAUUCAUAUUGGCAGCUGACGAUGGAUUCGUUAGUCCACGUCCAAUGGCACCGACAUCCAAUCUCGUGAACGAGAUGACACCGCGUCCGAUAUCGAAGACGUCAUUCCAUCCAAACGACGAGUUCGCCGCGGCUGCUCCCUCGAGUCUACCGAAUUUGUUCAGUGGCAACAGCUCGACGAGUCAGGCCGCACUUUUUAAUACAGCCCAUUAUGACGUGAACAAUUUCGCGUUCAAAAAUUGGAGGCAGCCUGUCGACGAGUUCAAUCCGCGUGUUCAAGUGCCUUCUCAAGCAGCUGUAAAUCCCAUGCCUGCGAUACCUAGUAAUUACGGGGCUGCGACUGGCUCUACUUUCCAGAAGACUGAUCACGAGAACAAACACGUGCCUUCUAUGAAACCGAGGCGAACUAAUACCGUUAGUAGUAGUAGUUCCUCGGGUUUCUUCAGCACCAAGAGUGAUGUAUAUAACGACGUUCCUAAAGAGACGAAUCCCUUCAGGCUUUCCAUGAUCGGGGAAAUUCAGAUACCGGACACGCCGAGUGAACAGAGAGUAAAUAAUAAUUACAAUCCAAACACGGCGUAUCUCUCCACAAUUAAUUUGCAAAAUUACACUACGAACGUGGAGCCUGCAAAUGUUUAUCCGAAGACUGAUGCUUUUCUGUACGCAUGCGACGUUAAGAAUGGCAACUAUACGCCGAGAAUUGUUUACGAGGCUGGCCCGGUCAUGUACAACGUACAGAAGAAGGAAGCCAAUGCCAACAUGACGCAAAGUGCUUACUGUAACAAUUUUGACAACUCUCAAGUGUCAUCUUUUCUGUUGAAACAAUGCAAUGAGGAGUUCCCUUCACAACUUGUGACCAACAUGGCUGCUUUGUCUUUAAAUAGCGCACACCUCGAUGAGGGCUACGUCACUCGGCCCUCGACGACUCACAAUCCACAAGAUUCGCCAUCGAUGAUAAAUGACGAGCCAAAGUAUUAUCAAACAGACGUUAAUUCGCCAAGUGUCUUAGCUCAACCCUGGAAAAAGGUCGAGAUUCCGGAACGUUGGGUCAACUCACAGUUCGAGAAUAACGCUUUUACACCUACUUACAACAAUAACGCGAUAAAAGUUAGCACAUUGGUUGACGUAUCAUCUCAUCAAACCUAUGAUAAUAAGAAAGAACCUACACCGCGCGAGCAUUUGGAUAACAUAAAUGAAUCUUGUCAAGAUAACGACGACGAGAAAUUGAUGGAUAAAUACAGGUAUAUGGAGAGAACAAGUUAUGACGGCAGCGACGUAUGCACACAGGAAAAUCUAUCUAAAACCACAGCCUCUGAUUUUUUCUUCAAAAAUUGUUUUGUAUUUCAAAAAAUUGAUACAGUUGAAAACGUGACAUUUAUAUUUCACAUCGAGGAGCAAGGCUGGAUAUUGACGCACGAAUUCGUGACGACAUUUACGAAUUACAAAUUUUGUUCCUCUUUAAUGGCUGCAAUAAGCGCAAUCAAUAUAACAGCUUUGUUCAGAGAAAUUAACAGAGCUGAGUAUCCAGCAGAAUUUCUACAAUUAGACAAAUAUUCUUUAGAUGUUCCGAGAGAUGAAGAGGGGCGCAUUACUGAUAUUAAUUUGAUUUCCUUGCAAACUGCGUUGUUAUUAUUGCACAAGCUGAAGAUAGUAUCGCGCGAAGAAAUGGAUAAUGCUUUCAAGAAAACCGAAUUUCUGGAUGGUUCUAUAUUACCUAACAUGUGGUCAUUGAUCCUCUCGUACCGGCAGUUAAGACAACGCAUUGAAGAAUACAUAAAUAGUAGAGUAUAAGUUAAAAUGCGUUCAUGGUACAACUUCGUAUAAUUUUACCAAAUCAUAAUGCCUAAUUAAUACAUAACGACUCAGAAUUUUUCUUUGUAUAAAUUAUGCAUAAGCUUUAAUGUUAAUUUUAUUUUUGAUGUAGCGAGAAACAGAUGAUAUGUUAAGUUAUAUUAUAUUUACUUGUGCCGUUGACUUAAUUAUAAAUAACAAAACGAACAGUACAAUAACAGUAUAUACAUAUAUUAUAAUUUAGUUAUAACUCGGGUACGGCAUAAUAUAUAAUCCUUCAAUUAGCGCAUAAAAGUAGUUAUUAUAUGAUACAAUUGUGAUACAGCAAUUUCUGCGUACAAAAAUACAGGGUAAAAAUUAUUUUCAUACCAAAUUUUACCAAAUGAUAGGACAUAUAGUACUGUAUAAGAAAGACUAUUGAGAAUUUAUAAGAUAUAGAAAAAGAAGACCUGACAAUUAUUUUAUUCAUUUUUAUCUUUUCAUCUUAUUUUACUCAUUUGCGUCAUUAAGCAUUUAAACAAUACCAGAAAUCCUCACUAACGUGUAUCCAUUUUUCUUUGUCAAGAGUCAAAUAUAAAAUUUGAUUACACAAUUA